ACAAAAUUAUUGUAAGUCGUGACCUCAUUCCGUUCGUACUCUGAGUUUGAAGAGCAGGCGGCGGAGGAGGGAGUCUCCGACGAGAGCAGCAGCUCCUCACGGUGGUGGGUGGUCUGCUCUUUCCAUCAAUCAACGGAGGCUUUUGCAAAAUCUGAUAAAAAAGAAAAGCAACAACUAUGCUUGUUGACAAGAGCAGCAGUAGCAUUCAGGAAACUCACUAUGACAUUUUAUCUGUUAAAGAAGAUGCAACUUAUGACGAAAUUCGCAGAUGCUACCGGUCUGCCAUCCUCAAGUCUCAUCCUGACAAGUUGCAAAAUGAAUCUGAGAUGAUUCCUCCUUCAGGAGGCAAUGACAAUGGCAAUGGUUGUUCAACUUCAGAGGAAAAUUUUCUCAAGGUACAGAAGGCUUGGGAAAUACUCAGCAAUCCAAAGUCACGAUCGCUUUAUGAUAGUGAGUUACGACGAGCUUUAAGGCAGGAUGAUGAUGCAGAAGAAGUGACCUUAGAAGAUAUGAUGGUUGAACUUGAAGAUGAAGAUGAAGGAAAUAUGAUUCAUUUUUUUAACCAAUGCCGGUGUGGUGAUUAUUUCUCUGUUGAUUCUUCCGACUUAACGAAAAUGGGGUAUCCUUUGUUGAUGAGGAGGGGUAAGACCAAGGUAAUAUCUUUACAGACAACAAUGGAUGAUGAUGAUGCUUUACAGCCAGCAUCAAUUCUACUUCCAUGUGGGUCUUGUUCUUUGAAAAUCAGACUAUUAAUCAAUCCAGGUUUUUGUGUAACCAUUCAUUAAUGAUAACUAACACACACAUAUGAGUUAUUGAUUUGAAA